AUGGCACCUCCUAAGCGCUUUGCCGGCGCCCUCGCACAGCUCGUCCUGCGCCCAACUGCUACCCCUCGUCUCAGGAUAUGCCCGGCAUGCAGACAGCACCUGAGCACAACCAGGCCCCAAGAGGCUGGCCACAAUAAAUGGUCCAAGACGAAGCACAUUAAAGCCGUGACAGACAAGAAGAAGAUGGUUGAGCGCACGGCUUUCACAAAGCUCAUCACCAUGUACUCACGAAUGUAUGGCGAUGAUGUUCAAUAUAACCCAGCCCUAGCCAGUGCCAUUGCCGCUGCCAAUAAAGCCAGCAUCCCCAAGGCGCUCAUCGAGGGCGCCAUCGCAAGCGGCCAGGGCAAGUCGGCGACCGGCGCCAAGCUGGAGCCCAUGACCAUGGAGUUCCUCCUGCCGCCCGACAUCGCCCUCAUCCUCGACAUCGAAACGGACAGCAAGCAACGCACCCUCCAGGACCUGAAGCUGGCCGUGAAAAAGGCCGGCGGCAUCACCGGCUCGACCGCCUUCAACUUUGCCCGUCGCGGCCGCGCCGUCUUUUCCCUCAAGGACGGCGCCGCCGGCAUCGCGCUGUCGGACCUCCUCGACGAGGCCAUUGAGCACGAUGGCGCGCAGGAUGUGGAGGAGGAGGAGGGCAGCUACGUGCUGUGGACGGAGCCGUCGGUGCUCGUCGCCAUCGCCAAGGCCUUUGCCACCAAGUUUGAUCUUGAGCUGCGCGCGGCGGAGAUCGUCUGGGCACCCAACGAGAACACCAUGGUCAAGCUGGACUCGGACGACUCCGCGGCCGCGCUGUCGUCGCUCCUGGCGACGUUGAAGGAGCACGCGGAGGUCAAGGCCAUCUUCGCAAACACCAAGCAGGGACGCGCCGGCGAUGAGGCGUGGGAGGCUGUAGAGAGGCAUCUUGAUGUUUGA